AUGGGGGGCGAUUUCAUCAUAGGCUGUGUAGGAAAACCCUCGGCGGGUACGGGGUUGGGUGCAGCCCCCGUUAUGGGCGUUGUGUGGGGGGUCGUCGGCAUAUCCCACUCGCUGCUGGAAACAUUCUCCGCGCAGUUCAGCGGCUACGGAGCUCCACAGUCGCUGGUGGCAACUGUGCUGCAGGAGCUGCAGCGCACCAGGCGGGCGCGCAGCCAGGCGGUUCAGGCAGCAGCAGCAGCAGCAACACAAGCAGCAGCAGCAGCGGGACUCCAACCAGCAGCAGCAUCACCCACAGAUGACGCCUCGCUUAUCCCCGAGGACCUCACAAAGUGGACGGCAGAUGAUGCCAUGGAGCUGGUCAAGACGUUCGUGAAGAUUCGUUUUCCUUUUGUUUUGGUCCUCAACAAGUGCGACGCGAAGAUGAUCGCUUACGACGCAUGCAGCGGCAGCGCAUACUGCAGCGAAGAUAUAAAGGGUCCCGGCAGCAGCCGCCUGAAGGAGGAGCAGCGGGAGGCGAUUAAAGUACUUAAGCCGAUCGAUCCCAAGGCCUUCCACAGGCUCGAGAAAGUGCGGGACCUCAUGCUGUUCAGACACGGAAGCACCGGGAUAGCAGAGGCUCUACGCAUUGCUGUUGAAGUGUUGGGGCAGCGCAUUGCCGUUUAUCCGGUGAAAUCGCUGCAGCUCACAGCCACGGACAAAAAGGGACGCGGGCCUUUCAUCGAAUGUCUCCUCGUCAAAAAGGGAACCACAAUUGGAGACUUUGCUAGUCUACUACACCCAGCGAUCGGCAGAAAUUUUAUUUCUGCAGAAUUGCCAGACGGCCGCCGCAUUGGAGCUGACGAGUUGCUGACAGAAGAAUGCAACAUCUUGCGAAUCAAUACCCAAAGAGCAGCAGAAUAA